CAGUACCAGUACCCAGUCUGAGUCGUGUCUCUGUGCCUCUCGCUUUGGUCUGGUACCGCCUCCGCCAGUUCCCGGUCAGGUGUCAGACAUCCGGUCAGGAGGGAGCUGAAGGGACCUUAGGAGGUCUAUGAUAUGACAAGAGAACACUGAGGUCAUCGGAUCCAGAACCGACCUAAACUUACAGUUCUCUAAAACAGCUGAAGAUGGACAUUCCUCUGCGAGACGUCGGGUGACGGCUGCUGAACCGAGUGUUCCGUGCUAUCAAUGGAAAACAAUGGAUAAGACAGGAACAACGUACCGGUACAACCCGUCAUUCCACGGCCACAUCCAGCACGGAAUGCAGAAGAACAACAACGGUAAGACCUCCCUGAGCAGAGUACAAGCGCACGCUCUCGGCUACCACGAGGAUGAUAGCCAGACCUGCUUCUGUUUUGAGAGCGAUGACGACAGUGCGGACAAAAUAAGAUUUAAGAACACCAAACGCAAGCUUGCGCGAGGCUGCAUGAGUAACCUCAUGAUCUGCGCCAUCCUUAUAGGUUAUACGUUUAUUGGUGCUGUUAUAUUCUUAAUAGUGGAAGGUGACUCCGGGUUUUAUUCUAUAUCUAGUUCUGGACGCUCUAAAAUUCAUUCGUUGGCGGGUCAAAACAGGAGACCCGCUUCUAAUGCUACGUGGCUAGCGAAAAUCAGUGAAGAAUCGAGAACAAAUACUGUAGAUAAAAUUUGGAACAUUACGGUUAACUUGAAUAUACUUUAUAGAGAAAAUUGGACGCGGCUCAUGGCCCAGGAGAUCUCCCAUUUCCAGGAGCAGCUUGUCCAGAGACUGACGGAGGAGAUGGCCGCCAAGAAUUAUCCGCAUGACUCCCGCCUGGUCGACGGCCAUCAAAAGGUCGACUGGAACCUCGCAAAGGCCUUUCUUUACUCCCUGACAGUGCUCACUACUAUAGGUUAUGGUAACAUUACUCCGAGGACCACGCUAGGUAAGGCGGUGACUAUGGGUUACGCGGCAUUGGGCAUCCCUCUCAUGCUGAUCUACCUGUCGAGCAUGGGCAGCCUAUUGUCCAAUUGUGCGAGGCAUAUCUUCACGCGGUCGCUGUGUUGUUGCCUGUGUUCCAACUGUGGGUACUGUUGCUACGACGAGAAAAGAAUGCAAGAGAAGGAACGUCGAAUGCGGAAGAAGCGUGAACAGAAGGAGUAUGAACAGCAAAUGCAAACGAUUACACACCAUCAGGAGCCUUUCUACGUCAGGUCUCCUUCUUCCACCUUCACUACUUCCACCAGCAACAAUUUGCAUUCGCCCGUCCGAGUCGAAAGUGAUGGCAUCAAGAUGGCGGCCACGCGCGCAUCCUCCACCGUGCUAGACUCCGAGUGUCUUAGUGCAGACACCUCUGUCAUAGAGCCGAAGUCGUUCAAGGACGGGGCAAACUGCUUGGCUCCACUUACACUCUGUUUUCUAAUUAUGAUAUUUUACAUCUGUGGCGGAGCGGUUAUCCUCUGUCGACUCGAAAGCUCCUGGAGUUUUUUAGAUAGUAUAUUUUUUUGCUUCAUGACACUCAGCACAAUCGGAUUUGGAGAUUCCAUUCCUUCGGCCAGUGUCCUGUCGACAAAGAUCGGUCCCAACAGGACGGGUGGGAGUCUGAUAAUUUGGUUUUGCUCACUUUACAUCUUGGCCGGGAUGGCUCUUACUGCCAUGUGCUUCAACGUGGUCCACGACGAGAUAGUUCACAAGCUGAAACAUCACUAUAACGAAUCCUCGCUGGCCGGAAGGAUAGUCAAGGACGGCUCAGUAUCCACCAAACUCGGGAGCACGAGCAACUUCCUGGACAGCGAAACUGCAGUCAACACAACUAUCGACUACCCGCCCACGUCUUGACCCCUCUCGCUCAAACACGCCCACUCCCCACUACUGCCCCAUAACACCGACUCUCAGGACCGUUCCGGCUUAUACCCUCUAUUCGGCCUAGGGCUUACGGCGCCAUUCGCUGACCCUCUAGCCCCACUGGUCCCUGAGCCACCCCCUCAGCCCCCUCAGCUACCUCAGCCGGACCUCACCACUCUUCCCGAGGAGGAUGAAGAACACACCGUUAUGUGACUUUCGGGUUGGUGAUAAGGUAGCAGGUAGAGGACCGAGGGCAAGUACUGGGCAGAGGGCAGUAAGGAAGGGACUCCUGCACUCGCAUCCUCGUUACUCUGUCAUUGGCCUGUGAAGCAAAUAUUUCAACUGGAAAGAAAAUUUUGAUGUUAUCAUUUAUAAACUUUAAAUGACAUCAGCCAAUUCACCAAGACUGAAGAUGGAACCCCUGUAAAUACAGUUACAGCUGUAAUAAAUAUGAAGAAAGAUUAUUAGUAAUUUGCAACCACUUUGGCACUUGGUUUUUAACACAAAACUUUGUUCAAUAUGGUAUUAUCAGAUACACCUAUUGUUUAUUCAUAGACCAAUUUAUAACAUUUUUACAUAGCUUAAAUAUUGUUAUUUCUUUACUAGGUUGUAGAAUAAGUUUAAUUUAUGUGCCAUGGUAAAAGCUCAACUAUAUUUCAACUCCAUCGAUAUAAAAAUGAAAUAGAAUAAUUUUAAUUUCACAUGUUACUCUUUACAUAGAAUACCUUCAUGGUUACUCUGUAAUUCAAUUAUAUGUUAAUGAUCAAAACGUAUUUCGUCUAACGGGACUCGAAAUAGUAACGUCCUACAUUUUUGUGUGCAUAAUAUAGAUCUCAUGAUUGCCCAAUGAAGCAUAUCGAAUGAAGUAAACUAAAGUUUGUAUUCGGGAUAAUAUCAUACGUUUUAAAUAAAUAAGUCAUACACAACCCGUAAACAGAAAUUAUUUCGUAUCAUAGUAGAUGUAGCUGACUACUCUCCACUAAAAGCUGUCCCACUUUCACUUGAAUAAAGUAUUUUAUUUCCCAAGCUGGUUUAUAAGUGCUUUCAGUUUUCACCUACACAUAUUUGAGUACUGUGUUUCAUCCCCCGCCUAAGUACGUUUUUAAAAAGGCAUCUUGCUCUUGUAUUGUUCAUAAUAAACUAUAUUACAACCAAUCAUAUUAAGUACAAAUGUAGUAAAGUAAAUGUCAGUACGGUAUAAUAUUAAUUCUUUCACAAUGUUUCAGAAGAAUGUGGUCUUAGUUAUUAGUUAUUUCUAAAAAAUAGAAUAUUUCUCAAAAUGGAAGUAAAAUAUACAAUUUAAUAUCAAAUCAUUAAUAAAAAUUUUUUCCGUCUGAAAUUCAUGAUAGUGAAUAUUUUAAAACCUCAGUAAAUUCUGAUUUUUUUGGAACCGUUUGUUAAAAAGUAAACAUUUCGUCUAAAAUACUCAUUAGUCAUUGUUCCCUUCAUAUCUAUAAUUUUAAUGGACCCAUUGUUCAAUAACCUAUACUACAGUAAUGGAGAGUAAUUUGUAUAGUAAAAGGACUAUUUAAAUUUGUGUAGGUUUCAAUUCAAUUCAAUUCAAUUCUCUUGACUAUAUAGGAGUGUGGCUCUCAUACCAUUGUUAUAGACAAUGUACAGUAAAAGUUUUACAUACUUUUUAAAUGAUUGAUAUAACUAUAGCAUCCCGCAAUUAAGAGUCCCGUUGGAAGAUCUAAACCUAAUCAGUUAUUUACGUUAUUACUAUGUAAAUAAGUUGUCCUACGCAAAUUAUUAAUACAAUUUUUGCUAAAUAAUGAUUUUUGAUAGAUUCGUUACUACAAUUCCUUUCGAUUAUUAAAAUAGGUAUAUUACCAACGAGAAGUUUUUAAGCUGCGUUACCAUGAAAUGUUUUGAUAUUGGUUUAGAAUUAAUUUCCAUAUCAAUAAUUAUCAAGUACCGAUUAAUCUUUAAAGGAUGUGUUUUUGGUUCAUUAAUUAUCUUUUAUUUGACUGUUUAUUUGUACAAUUCAUAUUAUGAAUACGGACAUUUUGCCAAUUAUUUAAUUCAAAAUAUGUAAUUCAUAGAAUGACAAAGUUAUAUACUUAAGGAUAUUAAAAGAAUUAUUCAACGAAACACAAAGAAAAUAGUAUUUGCUUGUUCAAGAAAGAGGAUUAGAGGAGUUUAGAGGAUUAUAUUGAAGUUCUCUAAACACAAAUUUUCACAUAAAGUAGAAAAGACUGGAUUUUACGUAUAAAUAUAUAAAAAUCCGUAAAUAAACUCCCUGAAGGUUUUGUAAUACAUAUUUAAGGUUUGAAAUGUAUGCCUGUAUGAUUUAUUACAAUUCUGUCAUAUUAAAAAGUUUAAGAACUAUGGUUGUACAAGUGAGUUUGAAUUAUUAUGUGCGUUCAAUGUUCCAUACGUUGUAUAAGAACGUAUCACACACAAGGUAAUAUCAACAAGCAACUGUUGUUUCACUGUUUAAAAAAUGUUCAGUGUUGUCUUGUUAUCGUGUGUUAUCCAAAAACGGUGCAUUACCUAUGGUCUGUUAUAUUUUGUAAAAAUUAACCAACAUACACUUUGAAGACAACCGAUGAGGAUGCGAUUGUAACUGGGUUCAACUAAUACAUACAUUGAGGGCUGGAUUUUUAUGACUAGUCUAAAAUUAGGUAUGUUAGUUUAAUGCUAAUGUAAAUGUCUUGUUACUAAGGAUUGUGCUUAUAUGUAAACAUAGUGUAAGUUUUAUUAUUGUUGUAUGGACUUAUUGUACAACAUAUGACAAUUUCUGUUCAAUUUUAUGAAUAUUAAAAUAUUACAUUUUAAUUCAAAAUGUUAGGGUUUUUUAUAAUCCCAUUAUAUAUGUAAAGUUUUCUGUAAAUAGACAAACAAAUAUUAAACAGUAUUGCAAUUUUAUGAAAGCUUUUUAUGUAUUAACAGCUAAACAUAUAAUUAAAAAAGUUUAGUACUAUAUUUUAAAAUUGCGUUUUCUUAUUUUUUAGUUUUAAUACCGGCCAAAAAGUAGGAUACAUUUGUAAAAACUACUUUCUUUAUUAAAAAUACUCAGGUGUCAAUGUACUACGUGAUCUGGCUAUACAUAAGUGCCAAAAAUACUUUAAACAAUAUUAGCUUAGACUGAUAUUUACAUUAAUAUUAUUCUUUAUGCUUUUCCAGUCUGAAUUUCACCACGUGCGCUCAGACUCAAUAAAUUACAAUUAAAUCCCAUUUUGAAGAUGGCACACUAGCUCUUAAUCUUUGGUUAUUAUAAACAGUUUCAAGACUUGUAUAAUGCACAUAUUAUUUGGCUAGCUUAAACUUCAGAGUUUAUUUCAAAGUUUUAAUGC